UCAAUGGACACUACCAGGGGCGGACUGACAACUCAUGGGGCCCCCGGGCAAUAGGGGAUCAUGGGGCCCCUGUGUCCUCACCCACACUCAAACCACACCCAAAAAAGCCUAUGAAAGGUACCAGGGGCAUCUCAUGGGACCCCCUACUGACCCCGGGCCCUCGGGCAGUGCCGAGUUUCCAAAUGGUCAGUCCGCCCCUGGAUAUGUCAUAUACAGCAAAGUUGAUAGAAUGCAGUGAUCAAGAGUAUGUCAUAUAUAGCCCUGCAUACAGAGUGCAGUGGUCAGGAUUAUGUUAUAUACA